CUUGGAAAUAUGUUUUUUUUUACUGGUUUCGUUCUUCUUGCUAAUCAAGAAAAUGUAUUUGCUUGAACUGAAUCAAAUAUUGUUCCAGUUUUUAGGAUUUUAUAGUGUAUAUUUUUUCUUCUUCUUUUGGAUUUGAGCUUUUGCUACAUUACUACUUGUGCUAUGUUACUGCAUUGUAAAUAUUAUUGUAGUUAUUUUCAUAAUGUCAUGGUAUGCAACUUGAAUUUCAUGUUUUUUUUGUAAUUGAAACGUUACCCGAAAUUACUUCAGUUAGUUAAUAUAACGGUUAGGUUAGUGAUGAUGAUGUAUUGAGUUUGGUAUGUAAUGAGCAUUGCUAUAAUUUGGGGUGCUCAAUUGAGGUCAAGGAGAAAGAAUUGGAAAAAAUUAGGUUAGUGAUGAUGAUGUAUUGGGUUUGGUAUGUAAUUUGCAUUGCUAUAAUUUGGGGUGCUCAAUUGAGGUCAAGGAGAAAGAAUUAGUACAAUCAAGAAUGUUAAUAAGAGAGAGAGAGUGAUGUGAGCUGCAGAAAUGAACUUCGGGCUCAUUCACAUACAUUUGGUAUCAUUUCUGAAAAGGUCAGAGAUGUGGGAGGUUUAAGUGGAACUAGAAAUAUGUCUCUUCGGGAGACAGUCGCUUUGUCUUGAUACACAUUAAGCCUACUCCAAUAUCCGAUGAUUUUGAAGAUGAGAGGUGGAAACCGUUUGAGAUUCUUGGAUGGCACUUACAUUUAUGUAAGAGUCCUUUUGAGAAUGGAGAAAGUAUCGAAUAACAAAAGGGCGUAUAAUGCUCAGGCUUUCCCUCGAUUCCUCAACGUUGGAUGUCCCGAUGGUUGUUAUGGUUGAAAGUGAUCCGAAUAUUUUGAAUGGAAGUUUGAACUGUCAAUUGCCAUCACUAUAAGUCCGAGUUAUUGCAAUUUUGGUUUGAAAGAUUACAAGAGACGGCUAGUCAUUUUGUUUUUGUACAGUUACCGUGAAGUGUGAAUUAUGCAAGAAAAGAAGUUCCCGAAGCGAUACUUGAUUGUACUUCUAACAUUCAUAUGUACGUCAGUAUGCUACAUAGAGCGGGUGGGAUUCUCAAUAGCCUAUACAAUCGCUGCAGAUGCUGCUGGUGUUAAUCAAUCAAGCAAAGGCACAAUACUUUCUACUUUCUACUACGGGUAUGCGUCUUCACAAGUACCUGGAGGAUGGGCAGCUCAGAAAAUAGGUGGUCGGCGUGUCCUUCUGUUUUCAUUUAUCUUAUGGUCUCUGACUUGUGCUCUAGUCCCACUGGAUCCCAAUCGAGUUUUUAUGUUGGUUAUUGCACGCCUCCUUGUUGGUGUAGCUCAAGGAUUUAUCUUCCCUUCGAUUCACACAGUUCUGGCACAGUGGGUUCCUCCUCAUGAAAGAUCUAGAUCUGUUUCUCUUACGACAUCUGGGAUGUACCUAGGUGCAGCUGCAGGAAUGCUUCUGCUUCCGAGUUUGGUGAAUUUUAAAGGGCCCCAAUCCGUUUUUGUAGCCGAAGCAGCACUAGGAGCCAUGUGGUCUGUGCUUUGGUUUAAAUAUGCAUCUGACCCUCCUCGAUCGGAGCACCCCAAAGCUGCUGCUGCUGGUUUUGGAGAGAACUUAUUGCCUGUUAAAGGGAGUCACAAGUUGAAAGUGGAGAAUGGAGGCAGCUCAGCAAAAACCUCAAAUAUACCUUGGAAGAAAAUUCUUGUCAGCUUACCAGUCUGGGCUAUUGUCGUCAACAAUUUUACAUUCCAUUAUGCAUUGUAUGUACUUAUGAAUUGGUUACCGACAUAUUUUGAGCAAGGCUUACAGCUUAGUCUUCAAGAAAUGGGUUCUUCGAAAAUGAUGCCAUACCUCAACAUGUUUCUAUUCUCAAAUAUUGGCGGGGUGGUUGCUGAUUAUCUUGUCACUAGGAAGCUUAUGUCUAUAACUUGGACGAGGAAGCUCUUAAAUACCAUAGGAUUUGUUGUUGCGUCUCUAGCGCUGAUGGCAUUACCCCUGUUUAGAACCCCUGGUGGGGCAAUCUUCUGUUCUUCUGUGGCACUUGGCUUCUUGGCCCUUGGAAGAGCUGGGUUUGCCGUGAAUCAUAUGGAUAUAGCUCCAAGGUAUGCUGGAAUCGUGAUGGGAGUUUCAAAUACAGCAGGUACUCUAGCUGGUAUUGUUGGUGUUGAGCUUACAGGCCAGCUUCUCGAAGCUGCAAAAGCUGCUAACUAUGACAUCUCUAGCCCAGAAAGCUGGAGACCGGUAUUCGUUAUUCCUGGUCUUUUGUGUAUUUUAAGUUCAGUGGUAUUCAUGCUUUUUUCGACUGGGGAGAGAAUUUUUGACUGAGUUAGAUAGAUAGGUAACCAUUCAUACAUUGUUCCACUAAAUUUUUGCAAAAUAUAAUGAUAGAACUUGAUAUAUUCCUUCAAUGAAUACAUGUAACAGUAUGCAUAUUUUAUGUUUAUGUGUAGCAAUUUUUUGUUGUUA